CUCGCGAGAUCUGACAAGACUGCGCGCGAAGCAAACAGGGCGAGGAUAAAGCAAGAUGGCGUCUGACGGUGAAGACGUUAUUGCAGUCGUCACAGUUCAGUGUUCUUAAUCUGUGCGUCCAUGUACACAUAUAUGUCCUUUAUUACACUCUAUUAAAUAGAGUCAUAAUAACUGUUUGUAUAUUAGUCUGAGCGCACUUCUCCAGCUAGCUUAGCUUGCUAGUUAGCUUAGCUUGUUAGCUGCUAACAAAGAGAGAUGAAAACACAUCGCUAAGCAGAGAUCAAGUGUGAGUGUAAAGUGUUGUGAUUGUGUGAAAAUGUGCGAAAGAACCAUAGCAGAGUACGAGGAGGAACUUUGUCCAACAAAAGAGGAGAAGGAGCGACAACAUGAAAAACAUCAAGUUGUGUUACACACAACAGACAUCCAUCAGCUGAUUGGACACCAAGAAGAAUGUCUCCCUCAUCUGCAGGGGGACAGUUUCACUUCAGAGGAUCCACAGCCCUCACACAUGAAAGAGGAAGAGGAGGGAGAGUGUCCUGUAGGGCAGGAGGAGGAUGAUGUCAGCAAGUUUCCACUGACUGUCUCUGUGAAGACUGAAGAGCAUGAAGACAAAGCACCUGAGUCCUCACAGCUUCAUCACAGUCCAAACGUCCAGCGGGUGUCAGCGGGGAGUCAUGAAGAGGAGUGGCACACCAGUGUGGGACAGAAGGAGCUACAGGCCCCCUCCCACAUUAAAGAGGAGCAGCUUCAUGAUGAAGAUGAAGCUCAGUCCUUACAGCUUCAUCACAGUCAAAGUGAGGAGAACAGAGGGGCGGAGCUUGUAAGUCAACACAUCACAGAAGCUGAUGGAGAGCAUUGUGAAGAUAUCAAGUCAGAACCAGACAGCAUCUUUGCUCCACUGUCAGACAUGGACCACAUGAUGUCACACUCUUCUGAUCACAGUGACCACAUCCAAAAACCUUUGGAGAGUAAAAAUGACUCUAAAGGUGAUACGAGACAUCACACUAACAACAAACACUUUGACUGCUCUGAAUGUGGGAAAUCAUUUAGACAGAAGAGUAAUUUUACAAGACACAUGAGAACACAUACUGGAGAGAAACCUUUUACUUGCUCUGUUUGUAAGAAAAGUUUCUCCACAAAGCAAAGCAUGACCACACACAUGAGAACACACACUGGAGAGAAACAUUUUACCUGCUCUGUUUGUAAGAAGAGUUUCUCCAGAAAGGAACACAUGACCACACACAUGAGAACACACACAGGAGAGAAACCUUUUGCUUGCUCAGCUUGUGCUAAAAGAUUCAACAAAAAGAAUGACAUGAUAUUACACAUGAUAACACACACAGGUGAGUACCCUUUUACUUGCUCUGUUUGUAAGAAGAGUUUCUCCAGAAAGGAACGCAUGACCAGACACAUGAGAACACACACUGGAGAGAGACCUCUUGCUUGCUCAGCUUGUGCUAAAAGAUUCAACAAUAAGAAUGACAUGAUAUUACACAUGAGAACACACACAGGUGAGAAACCUUUUACUUGCUCUGUUUGUAAGAAGAGUUUCUCUAGAAAGGAACAAGUGACCAGACACAUGAGAACACACACUGGAGAGAAACCUUUUACUUGCUCUGUUUGUAAGAAGAGUUUCUACAGCAAGCAAAGCAUGACCACACACAUGAGAACACACACUGGAGAGAAACAUUUUGCUUGCUCAGCUUGUGCUAAAAGAUUCAACACUAAGAAUGAAAUGAUAUCACAUAUGAGAACACACACAGGUGAGAAACCCUUUACUUGCUCUGUUUGUAAGAAGAGUUUCUCUAGAAAGCAACACAUGACCAGACACAUGAGAACACACACUGGAGAGAAACCUUUUUCUUGCUCAGCUUGUGCUAAAAGAUUCAACACUAAGAAUGAAAUGAUAUUACACAUGAGAACACACACAGGUGAGAAACCCUUUACUUGCUCUGUUUGUAAGAAGAGUUUCUCCAGAAAGGAACACAUGACCAUACACAUGAGAACACACACUGGAGAGAAACCUUUCGCUUGCUCAGCUUGUGCUAAAAGAUUCACCACUAAGGAGAAAAUUAUAUUACACAUGAGAAGACACACUGGAGAGAAACCUUUUGCUUGCUCAGUGUUAGAAUAAUUAUGUAUAUAUUAUCACACUAACUUUAGUAUGCUUAAAGUUUGUUGCUUUAGUUAUUAGUUAUUGUGCUCAAGUUAGACUUUUCUAUUUGUGCAAGGACAAAAACUUCUUGUCUGAGGGGUGGCCUCAGCCACAGUUAUCUUUGUUUUAGCCCGCUAUCAGCCAAGGACUUCAAGGACCUCAACGAAGAUAAGACGACAACACGUAGACGAAGCAGAGACUUUAAGGACCUCAACGAAGAUAAGAUGACAACACGCAGACGAAGCGGAGACAAGGCGAAAUCACAAGGCCCCCACCACAUUCUGUCACGUAUUGUGCGUCCUGGACCUGCUUUGCAUAAUAUAUGUGACCACUCCUUUUAGAGGCGGCCUCAGUGAUGUUGACUGUGGAACUACUGAAUAAAUAGAGGGACGCGGGAGCUGAACCUUAGAGCGUAGGGCGAGACUGUGACUAAGUGUGCAGCUCCAUGUGUUCUCCUCAUGAGCUAAAUUGAACUCUGUCUC